AUGUCGGACGCUCUCGACGCGAUUCAAGCCCUGUACGACACGGGCAAAUAUUCGGAUAUGAAAAUCUGUUGCGAGGAUAAAGUGUUCAAUGCUCAUCGUGCAGUGAUCUGUAUGCGGUCACCAGUGAUCGCUGCUGCUAUGGAUAAUGAUCGUUGGGAAGAAGCUGCAAAGGGCGAAUAUCAUAUGAGUGAUGAUGAGCUGCCAGUUGUGGAAGCCAUGAUUCGUUAUUUGUACCUUAGAACGUAUGAUGAUCAGGUAGUAGGGCCGCCUGAAGCUUUGAGCAGUCAUUCACAGUUGGAAAUCGGGAAAGACGAGUUGCCGCUUCCACUUACACCAGCAUUUAAGCCGGAAUCUGAGCUGGAACCCGAGCCCGCGCCCGAUUCCGAGCCCGAUUCCGAGCCCGAUUUAGCUCCAUGGUACGCAACAGCCAAACUUCCCGAAGUGACACCAGUCUCGCUACCUUCAUCACUACUCUUCAACGCUAAGGUCUACAUCAUCGCCGAUAAAUACAUGAUCCCAGCACUCAAAACUCUAGCAUAUGAGAAGUGUUCAAAAAGCCUAGAAGAACAUUGGAACACGCCAGAGUUUUCUGCUGCUGCGGAAUUGCUCUGGGAAAACACCCCAACCUCUGAUAUUCAGCUUAGGGACUCUGCGGUUGCAACUGCUGCGAGUAAUAUCGACGUGUUACUUGAUAGAGGGGAGUUUGUGGAAUUCAUGUCUGCGCAUGGCGAUUUUGCUGUCGAGGUUUUGAAGAGAGUGACUAGAAAAACCUACCCGGACAUCACGUCCACAGACAUCGAAUCUGAUCGAAAACACGUGAUCAAGAAUUCCCACCGAGCUGAGGAAUCCCACUAUGGUGGGAAAUAUUCCCACCUUGAUGGGACGAUAGAGGGCAGUGGGAUGCAUAGUACGAAGGUCUAUAUAACUGGAAAGAUUUUCCUUAUUGUAGAGCUUCGUGCUCAAGAUCAAUCAUUUAGGUGGUGA